GAGCAGCUCCAUAAAAACAGUAAGUCAACACAGCUGCGCUCUCACCUCAGUCAGAGGCUCGGCUUCCUCCUGAUCGCUCAGUCCGGUGCGUCCCGCGGUGCGCAGCGGUCAGACCCAAGAACCUCUGCGGCCCUGACGCGCUCGGUGGUUCCGCUGAAGUUUUUGCAUCGGGGCGCGGUGACCUGCAGCUGCACACGAUGAUCCCCAGGCUGGCCUUGAGCUUCCAACCUGUGCGCAACAGCUGCGCUUUAUCUGCAGCGGGGAAGCAGCUGUGGAGACCGUGGACGCGGCACCAGGGAUUACCUGCAGCCAGUCGUGGCAUCCAUGUGGACUGUCCGCCCAUCGUCCCAGGGCUCACCAUCAGCUAUGCCCACGCCACGUCGACCAUGCCGCUACUGCAGGCCACAGUCGCAGAGACCCUGCAGAGGUCUGUGGAGCGCCAUCCUGACAAGGAGGCGCUGGUUUUUGUUGAGGGCGGAGUCCGCAAGACCUUUGCACAGUUUCAACAAGCGGUGGAUCAGGCUGCUGCCGGGCUGCUGGCACUCGGACUGAAGAAGGGGGACCGACUCGGCAUGUGGGGCCCAAACACCUUUGAGUGGGUCUUGUUCCAGUUUGCAACGGCCAAAGCUGGAAUUAUACUGGUGUCGGUGAACCCAGCGUACCAGCCACAGGAAGUGGAGUUUGCAUUGAGGAAGGUCGGGGUUAAAGCUGUGGUUUGCCCGACGCAGUUUAAGACUCAGCAGUACUGCGACAUGCUGAGGAAGAUCUGUCCAGAAAUUGAGAAGUCCAGCCCAGGAGACAUCAAGAGCGCCAGACUGCCUGACCUUCGCUCCGUCAUUGUUCUGGACAGCCGACAACCAGGAAUGUUUCACUUGGACGACGUGAUGCAGGCCGGCAGCAGCCAGUACGUGCAGCAGCUGCAGGAUCUGCAGAAGACGCUGCAGUUCGACGACCCGAUUAACAUCCAGUUCACAUCGGGCACAACUGGGGCUCCUAAAGGUGCCACCUUGACGCAUCACAACAUCGUCAACAACGCCUACUUUGUCGGGAAAAGAGUGGGAUACACCUGGAAGCCCGACGCUCGCCUCUGUGUGCCGGUGCCUCUGUACCACUGCUUCGGCUCGGUGGGCGCCGGGAUGUGCAUGGCCGUGCACGGCAUCACCCUGAUCUUCCCCUCCACCGGCUACGACGGACGGGCCAACCUGGCAGCCGUGGAGAGCGAAAGGUGCACCAACCUCUACGGCACCCCCACCAUGUUUGUCGACAUGCUCAGCCAGCCGGACUUCAAGAAAUUCGACUUGUCGUCUUUGUUAUCAGGCUUCAUGGCUGGUUCUCCAUGUCCCCAAGAGCUGGUGAGGAAGGUCAUAACCGAGAUGGGCGUCAAGGGGAUCACAGUUGGAUACGGAACCACAGAGAACAGCCCGGUGACCCUCUGCGGAUCUCCGAUGGACAACUUGGAGAGAAAAUGCGAGACAGUCGGCUACGUCAUGGACCACCUGGAGGCUAAAAUCGUGGAUCCUACCACCGGAGAGAUCGUCCCUCUGGGGAUGACCGGGGAGAUCAUGAUCCGAGGAUACUGUGUGAUGCUGGAGUACUGGGACGACGAGGCUAAAACACGAGAGUGCAUCACCAAGAACGGCUGGUACAAAACCGGGUGAGUGGAAUGAAAUUAAACACUGAAUUUGUCGUGUUUAAGGCUACAAAUAAGCGUUGUUUUUAUUUUCGAUUAGUGGUUCAGUCAAGAAAAUGUCAAAAAAAUGUCCAUCAGUGUUUCCAAAA